UGAAAAUCCUUGGCCAACACUGAGAUGUUCAACAGGAUGAAUGCAUCUCAAUGUCACUAAAUGGCAAAAAACAUUUUGAAACUGACACACAUUUGGAUGAACAGCACAUGGUAAAAGCUUCAGGAGAAGAUGAAAAAUUAGUCCCUGGCACAUCAACUUUAUUUCCCCCCAAAGGGUUACUCAAACGACCAGACUAUCAUCCAUUAUAUGUAUUUAACCUUGUUCCUGAUCUUUGUGCAUUUAAGACGCCUCUUUCGUUCGCUGAAACAGAUCUGGAAUUUCACCUUUGUCCUCUGCCGAGAUAUGUCAUAGACAGCAAAGAUGGAAGUAAUUUUGCAAGCACACAGAAGAAAUUUCUUGAUCGUGAUGAGAUAAUUAAAGGUUUAAUGAAUUGGAAGAAGUUUCCUUCUGCUGCUCUUAAGUCCUUAACUACCACUGACUUUCUAACCAGCACGUGGGUGCCACGAUGGAAUGAUCCAUUUUCAUUGGAUAUGCUUCCUGUUGAUGUUCCUUUGCAAUUGGAUCAUAAAGUAGAUGAAAACAAGGAAAACGUAACCAUGGAAAGUCCUGAAGAAGUGGUAUUAACACCAGAAAUGUUGGAAGCCGAAUUCACAAUGAUUCAAAGUUCAUUAUCAGAGAAUCCAAAAUUUGAAGCAGAACAAGAGGAUGAUAAGCCCAUAAAGCCAAAAUCUUCACAAAUAUUGACUCCUGUUCAACCGACUCCAAGGGAAGUAAGAGAACAACUUUUGGAGAAUUCUCUACAAGUACAGAACAACCGGCUGGGAUCAGAUUUUCAAAUCCGAAUGGAGCACCUAAAACGUUUAAGUAUCAACAAGAUGUUGCUUCUAAACUGAAAUUGACAUUCAGUACUACAUUGCAGUUUCAAAAAGACAUGUGUGCUGCUUGGUACACAACCAUUUUAAUACUUACAAUCACUUUUUUUUUAAAGUUGCUCAAAGUAAAAUUAUCUAUCUAUGGAAUAUUGACACUGUGCCAUUAUUAUGUACUAGAAAUUCUAUGUGCCCACAUUGGAAUACAU